AUGCUCUCCUGCGAAGAUCCCCUUGGCGGAGAUGAGGCACAUGGAGAUCUGGUUUUAGCAGAAGGUGCUUCGUUGGUUGCGGUGGAGUUACACGUCGAUUUAAACAGCCUUGGUGAUGUAGCCGGUGGGGUUGAAGAUGGCGGAAUUCUUUCCGGCAUCUCCCCGCUUUCCCACAAAUGGAGAAUCCCAGCGAGUCAGAUGUCUUUUAUGAUGAAAGUUCUGAAUAAGGAUGACUGCUGCAAAGUGCUUGGGGAGGCAGGGACUGUGAAGAAGGUGAUCAAGGACUUGAUUGUUGAAAACAUUCAAGUAAGAGCUGAAGAAAAUGACUUGUUUUGUAAGGAUUUCAGAAAGUUCAUCACCCAAGACAUGCUGAAACUAGUGAGAAUGCCGAAGAUAUUAGGUAUUUUGAUUAAACUUAGGAGUAGAGAAUUAGAAGAUCUUCUGAAGAGCUUUAAGAGCCUUUUGGAGCUUUCCCACAAAUGGAGAAUCCCAGCGAGUCAGAUGUCUUUCAUGAUGAAGGUUCUGAAUAAGGAUGACUGCUGCAAAGUGUUUGGGGGGGGGGGGGCAGGGACUGUGAAGAAGAUGAUCAAGGACUUGAUUGUUGAAAUCAUUCAAGUAAGAGCUGAAGAAAAGGACUUGUUUUGUAAGGAUUUCAGAAAGUUCAUCACCCAAAACAUGGAAGAAUCUUCUGACCCUAAGAGCAGAAGGAGAGUGGCUCUUCAGUUUUUCAUAAGAAUGUUAGGCAAAGGAAGUGCAAGAGUGUUAAAGCUGUAA